UUUUUUCGUGCCCGUGACGUCGGUAUUCCCACUUGGGGGUCCGAAACCAACCAACAGCAUCGCCAAAAGAUCCAACCACCCUUGACUACCUAACCACCCCGGGGGAGCCUCAAGAAGGCCAGACGCCCACAGGCCGUCGCCAGCUACUCGCGCACGCUCUCUUCAACUACGACCUCUUUUUCUUUUCUUCUUUUUUUUUUCUUCAUAUACAACCGGCACGUCUAUCGAUCGAAGCACGAGUAGUACCACCAAAAAGCACACUUGCAACUGACGAGUGGUCGCUGUCGCUGUCUCCGAACCAUCUCACCUCCAUCAUGGCUCCGUCCACUGCCCCGCCCGCGCUCGCCGCGAGCGGUCCAACCCUGUUCGGCAUUCCUAUGAAGCAGGUUUCAUUGAUCACCUUGACAUUCCAAAACUCGGCGCUUAUACUGAUAAUGCACUACUCGCGAAUCAUGACACCACCCGGCGACCAUCGAUACUUUGCCUCGACUGCCGUCCUUCUCAACGAAGUCAUCAAGCUCGCAAUCUCUUUGACUUGCUCCAUCUACGAGGUCUCGAAUACCCUAGCCCCGCAAACACCCUUGACGGUUAUCCUGGAACAAAUCUACAACUCGGUCUUUGCUGGAGAUGGAUGGAAGCUGGCUAUCCCCGCCGUGCUAUACACACUCGAGAACACGCUGCAAUAUGUAGCUUUGGGGAAUUUGGAUCCCGUCCACUUCCAAAUUCUCUUUCAACUCAAGAUUAUCACUACCGCUUUCUUCAGCGUCGUUAUGCUCGGCCGCACACUGGGUAUCAAGCGCUGGCUAUCCCUUGUCGUACUCACCUUCGGCGUUUCCAUCGUCUCCCUCCCUUCAUCGAAUGACAACUCUUUGACGAUCCACGACUUCAGCGAUCACUUCUUCCCCCGAUCUGUCCACGAGCUAGGCCAAGCCGCUGGCGCGACCUUUGACGUGGCGCGCGAGUUGACAAAGAGGGGUAUGGAAGGCUUGGCCACGGAGCUCACCAAGCGCUCGGCAACAUACGAGGGCAUCAAGGAGGAUCAAGAUGGUGGCCGCCUGGUGAUGAACUACUCCGCUGGAUUGACAGCCUGCCUGGUUGCUGCUGUCGUGUCAGGCGUGACGGGUGUUUACUUUGAGAAGGUGCUCAAGGAUUCCUCCACCAACGUGUCAGUAUGGACUCGCAACAUUCAACUCUCCUUCUAUUCACUUUUCCCCGCCCUCUUUGUCGGGGUCAUUUACAACGACGGCGAGGAGAUUGCGAAGCACGGGUUUUUCGAUGGUUACAACAGCAUCGUUUGGACUGCCAUUGUCUUUCAGGCAGUGGGAGGGUUGCUAUCCUCCAUCUGCAUCAACUACGCCGACAACAUCGCAAAGAACUUCGCUACCAGCAUCAGCAUUGUUAUAAGCUGCGUGUUCAGCGUCUUCUUCUUUGACUUUGACAUGACCUCUUCGUUCAUCAUUGGCACUGCCCUUGUGAUUGGAUCUACCUAUCUCUACAGCACACCCGACAGAAAGCGGUCUCGACCGCCUCCCAUCAACAUUGUAGAUUACGAAAAGAUCUCGAUCGAUCAUACUCCGAGAUUGUUGGACCAGAACCUACUGAAUGUCAACCCCAUGGAUUCCGCCAGGGCAACCUCGAGACCCUCCUCACCAUCGCCAUUAGCCCGCACACCAUCGUCUAGGGGCAAGUUGUUGGACGAGUGAACGUAAAGACGGCACACGAGCGAACAAAUGAUUGAACAUGGGGGCAACCCACGGUGGGUAGACUCCGGGGAACGGCUUCAAAGCGGAGAAAGUGUUUCGCCCAAAAUAAAGACAAAGAAAAAAAAAAAAAACCGAAAAGAAACCGACGUGCACAGGCUGCUAGGAAUGGCUGCUGUGAGGCUUUGAGUGGUCUACUAUCACUACAUACGUCCCUUCUUGGGAACUUGGAAUUGACGGAGGCUGCGUUAUGAUGGCAUGAGCGUAUGAGAGAUACCAGGACAUGAGCUUUUUGGGUUUGUAUAUGCAUAUGCGCGAGCAGAACCGGCGCUCUGGAUACACGACCGAUGCUUAGGGGAAAAGGGAGUUGCAAGAAGGAAGAUGGGAUUCGGGUUCGGCCAGGGCAGGUUCAGUUCCUCCUGUUCUAGGCAUGGGAGGAAUGAGAUGCCAUCGUUCACACAACACAACAAGAACAAUGAAAAUCCGAAAAGCGAUUUGCAUGUAGUAUUAAACUACAUUUUGUAUACAAAUAUCCCAUUCUCUCACUUCAAGCUCCUAAAAUGAUCCAGUUCGCUCAUGGGCCAAGCUAAACCUCGA